UUUGUAACAGCCCAACCCACUGGACUCUGCGUUUCUCCUGGUGGCCGCUUCCCCACAUUUUCUACCGAAGGAAAACCUCCUAUAAGAGUUAGCAAGGGACCCAAAGAUCUUGCAUUGUGCAGGAUAUUUCGGCAGAAGACUUGCUGUGAUGUGACCCAAACAUAUCCUGCUUUGCUACUCAUACGAAGGCUGGCUUCUUCUGGAGAAGCCAGCCAAGAAUGUCUGCAUUUAUGGGAGCUCUUGGAGUGCUCUAUUUGCGAUCCACGCACUGGUGUUCAGCCUGGACCACCUUUAAUUUGUUCCACGUUCUGUGAUAUGGGUUUUCAGGCCUGCUCAAGUGCAUAUUUCUCCAUCGAUGUCAAGAGUCAGGCUCUCUUACCUUGUGGCUUAAGCGACAUUAUCUGUGGUAAAGCUUCUGAGUGGGUCUCUAAUGGUACAGAGCUCUGCCGCCGAGCAGGUUUCUUGGUUCAGCAAGAUUGGCAAAGAGUGCAGUGGCUCGAUGUGCCAUUUUGCUAUGGCGGGAAAGCAAGUCUGGAGUCUAUUUCUGAUUCAUGGAAAUAUCCAGAUUCUAGGUCGCCUGAAGUUUUUUGGCAAAGGGUGAGAGAAAUGCCAACAAGGGAAAAGAUCUUUUGGGCUGUUGGAGGAAUGGUUCUCACUGCAGGGCUACCAUAAACUUGACUGAGCGAUUUAGGGCAUUCUGUUGCUGUCUACUUAGCCUGCACCCAAAGCUCAGUCCAUCUCUUUCAACCGACGAGGAACUUACGCCGAAGUACUAUUUUGAAAUGGCCUUCAUGUUGUGGGGUGAUAUAAGCGUAGCAUGGUGAAGGAUUGAUCGGAUUAGGCUUUUGAAAAUCCCCUUUUGAGGUGUGCAAAAGUAAAUCAGGGUCCUCGAUUGUAUGCCAUGUGCUGCGCAUUGGUAUAUAUUUUCUUACCAUAUAUUUUUUUUCUUAUGAUUGAAAUAAUUUAGAGCAAAAUGGAGAAAUGGAAGAACCACAAUGGAAUUUACUUA